CCUCUCCAAAAGCUUCAAAAAUGGAUUCUCUCACAACUAGUUGUGCUCUGAAAUACUCAGUGCCCAAAGCCAGGGUCUUUGUUGUCUUCCUGUCAAUGGUUUUGUGCACCACCAUUCUCUGCCUGCUGCAACUCAGGUUUUUUAAACCUAAAAUCAAAGAUUUUUAUUCUUUUGAAGUCAAGGAUUCACGAGGAAGGAUCAUUUCCUUGGAGAAGUACAGAGGGAAAGCAACUUUGGUUGUAAACGUGGCCAGUUACUGCCAAUACACAGACAAAAAUUACCUCGCGCUUCAAGAGCUGCACAGAGAGUUCGGUCCCUCCCACUUCACUGUGCUGGCGUUCCCCUGCAACCAGUUCGGAGAAUCAGAGCCUAGCUCAAGCCAGGAAAUAGAAUCUUUUGCCAGAGGAAACUAUGGAGUAACAUUCCCUGUUUUCCACAAAAUCAAGAUCCUAGGAUCAGAAGCAGAUCCCGCCUUUAAAUUUCUAAUAGAUUCUUCAAAGAAAGAGCCUCGAUGGAAUUUCUGGAAGUACCUUGUCAGUCCUGAGGGUAAAGUUGUGAAAUUCUGGAGACCCGAAGAGCCAAUAGAAAAUAUCAAACCAGAAGUAACAUCAUUAAUCAGGCAGAUUAUCAUGAAGAAAAGAGAAGACCUCUGAAAAAGCCAUUCACCACAGCCUUUCUACAUUCCUGGGGAAUGUUACUAGAAGCUAAACCAUCAGGUGAUUUUGCUACUCUUUAGCAUUGGUGUUUGCAGUUUUUUUGGAUUAAUUCUGUCAGUUUAAUUCUGGAUUGGCUCCUGCAGUGUCCUCGAGAACCAUGACAAGGCAUUCAGUACCUUGCAGGGAGGGACUAUCAAUUUGCAUCAGGAGUUUAUGAUUUCUUUUUCUGAAUUGCUGACAAUAGCUAAUUAAGAUUGUCACCAGCAGGUAGAUAAUUAGAAAAAAGGUUUAUUAAUAAAUUACUUAGUAUUUACAGAGAUUUUCCCCAUCUACCAGUUACAAAGAGAUUUUAUAUUCCAUUAACACAUGGUUGCCCUGUUAUGAAAGGCAUGGGACCCAGAGACAUCCAUAGCAGGGUUUCUAGACACACAAAUGUAACUAAAGAUACCAGCUUUGCAGUAUCUUCUCAAAGAAGACUAUUGAAUUGUGAAGCUGCCAGUUGCAAAAAAUUGUACACAGAAAAUAAAAUUAUUAAAAGAAGUGAAAAUAUUGAAAAGAAA